AUGUCUAUUUUUACUGCUUCGCCUUCUUUCUUUCUUUCUUUCUUUCUUUCUUUCUUUCUUUCUUUCUUUCUUUCUUUCUUUCUUUCUUCGACCACAGUUUCCCUGAUUUCUCUUAUUCCAUUUUUUCUUUUUUCUUCUCCUUUUCGAACAACAGUUUUUUUUGUUUUUUUUUUGUUGUUUGUUUCUUUUUUUCUUUCUUUUUAUAAAUUAUUUCUCUUUCCCUCUCAGUUGUUCUUUUUUCUUAAUUUUCAUUAUCGUCUGUUGUUCUUCUAUCUUCAUGACUUUUCUUUCUUUCAUUUAUUCAUUCUCUUAUUCUUUCUUUCUUUUUACUCAUUCAUUCUUUCCUUUCCUUCCUUCCUUCUUUCUUUUUUCUUUCUUUAUUUAAUUCUUUAUACACAAUUUUCCCUCUUUUUUCACGUUAUGUUUUUUUCUACUCUUUAUCUUCUGAAGAAAUGUCGUUUUCUUUCUUUCUUUCUUUCUUUCUUUGUUUUUUGCUUUUCAUCUUCAAUGUUCAUGACUUUUCUUUCUUUGUUGUUUUUUUUUUCAUUUUCCUUCAGAUAUAAUUCUUUUCUUUUUUCUACAUUGACUAUUUUUUAUUCUCCCUCUUUAUUCAUCUCUAGAAAUAAUAUUUUCUUUUUUCUUUCUUUCUUUCUUUCUUUCUUUCUUUCUUUUCUUUAUUUCUUUGUUUACUUGUUUGUUCGUUUGUUUGUUUGUUUCUUUCUUUCUUUUUAA